UAGUUUCCUCCGUCAGAGACCGACGAAUUAAUGAAUUUCCACCGGAAAAGCAGAUAAAAGAGACGAAGAAAAAAACCCACAUGAAUGUUGUCUGCAAAUCGGAACCUUACAUUUUUCAGACCUCAAUCGAUGGCCUCUCUGCACCCUCCGACACCUCCACACUCUUCCUUUUUAAACCAGCAACUCUGCUCCACCAGGCCUAGAGUUCUUCUUCUUCCUCCUCCUUCAACUCCUAAUUUUCUACAUCGAUCUAUCAGAACCUUCAAAUUUUCUAAACAAAAGAAAAAUUACAUUAAUAAUUUAAAGAGUGAUGACAGUAAUAAUAAGCUCACGGGUGAUUCAGAGAGGAAAUCAUUUGCGGUCUCUACAGGAGAACUCUUCCUCGGACUUGCUUCCAGGAUUAUUAAAAGUACCCAAGUUAAGUAUGAAGGAGGAGGAGAUGAUACUUCCUCAGUCCCAGUUAAUUCAAUUUUUACAGAGAUCCAAAAUGAAGUUGGAAUGGAUAUUGAUGAGGAAUCCGUUUUUACUGGAAGGGUUAGAACAAGUGUGGUAAUUCAAGAAAAGCCAGUGAUGAUUUGGGACCAAAAGGAUUUCGAGGGAGAUGAAAUGAACAGGAAAAAGGCAGGUACUGGUUUUAGUUUCUCUGCAGCAGGUCUUCUAUUUCCUUAUCAUCUUGGUGUUGCUCACUUCCUUAUUGAAAAGGGUUACAUAAAGGAAACCACUCCGUUAGCUGGUUCCUCAGCUGGUGCCAUUGUCUGUGCAGUUGUUGCCUCCGGAAGCUGCAUGCGAGAAGCUUUGGAAGCUACCAAAAUUCUGGCUGAAGAUUGUCGACGUGGAGGGACUGCAUUUCGCCUUGGGGCUGUUCUUAGAAAUAUUCUUGAGAUAUUUCUGCCAGAUGAUGUUCAUAUAAGGUCAAAUGGGAGAGUCCGUGUUGCUGUAACUCGGAUUCUUUGGAGGCCAAGGGCUAUACUUGUUGAUCAGUUUAACUCCAAGGAGGAUCUCAUCAAUGCAGUUUUCACUUCUUCCUUCAUUCCAGGGUAUUUAGCACCAAAGCCUGCAACACUUUUUCGUAAUAAACUUUGUGUCGAUGGUGGCCUGACAUUGUUUAUGCCACCGACAUCUGCUGCUAAAACGGUCCGUAUUUGUGCUUUCCCAGCUAGUCGAUUAGGUUUACAAGGGAUUGGGAUUAGUCCAGACUGCAACCCAGAAAAUAGAGCUACCCCAGGACAGCUGUUUAAGUGGGCACUGGAACCUGGAGAGGAUGGUGAUCUUGAUAGACUUUUCGAGCUCGGAUACUUGGAUGCAGCUGUGUGGGCUGAGCAGAAUCCUGUUCAGGAAGCAGUGGAGCAUGGCGUAGAAGCAACUGCUAAUUUUUGAACUAUGUGUAUAUUUAUACGCGACAUAUUCUUUGCGAUAAAAUCUCAGUGACUUACAUCGUACAUAUAAAAGAUGUCAUGUGUACAGAAACUGUAUAAAAUAUUUAUGCUGGAUCUUCUGUAGCCUAUAGGUAUGAAGAAGGAAAAAAUGUAAUCUCAGUUUUGCGUGUAAACAUGACAUAGACAGUAUUCAACGCAGGAAAAGAAAAUUCAAAAUGGAAGAGAAAAAAAGAAAGUUAGCUGGGUUUUUUUUUGCAUUUUGUAAUCCAAUAUUAAACUGAAGUACGAACUCUUUGACAGUGUAUUAAAUUCAUUUGAGCUCUGAACUUUUGUAGGAAA